AUGUCCUCCAACAUCACCCUCGUCGAUGAAUACCUUGCAAAAGGAACCUGGAAGACCGCCGAAAAUGCCAACUCAACCUACUCUCAUCAAGGCCUAAUGCAGUAUGUCUCGAACCAAAUCAUCUCCCAGUAUUGGCUCGAAAAGAUCUACACUCCCGAGAUCCGCAAAUUUGACUCCGAAAACCGCUUUCACAUCCACGAUCUUGGGUUUCUCAGUGCGUACUGCUCUGGCUGGAGCAUAGAGGAUAUCCUUCUUCAAGGCUUCGGCGGUGUCGAGAACAAGAUCCAAUGUCGACCUGCUAAACACCUUAACACUGCUCUCAAUCAGAUCGUCAACUUCCUAUUCACUCUACAAGGAGAGCUUGCGGGUGCGCAGGCUUUGUCGAGUUUUGAUACGUACCUAGCGCCUUUUAUUCGCAGUGACAAGUUAUCCUACACAGAAGUCUUCAAGUGUGUGCAAAGCUUUGUUUACUCACUGAAUGUCCCAACUAGAAGUGGCUUCCAGGCUCCCUUCACCAAUUUGUCGUUCGAUCUAAUAUCCCCAAAGCGACUUGGUGAUCAAUGUGUUAUCAUUGGCGGCGAACUACGAACCGAGUGGGUAUACAGCGGCUUUCAAGAAGAGAUGGAUAUACUCAACAAGGCUUUCGCCGAAGUCAUGAUGCAGGGUGACGGAAACGGAAACAUUUUCUCGUUCCCAAUUCCGACUUACAAUAUCUCUGAUGGAAUUGAUUGGGAAUCACCUCGAUGGCAAUCCAUCUGGGAGAUGACUGCAAAAUACGGCGUUCCAUACUUUGCAAACUUCAUCAACAGUGAUCUUGAUCCUGAAGAUUUCAGAUCGAUGUGUUGUCGGUUGAGACUCGAUCUUAGCAAACUCCACUGCAGAGUUGGAGGCCAGUAUGGUGCUAGUCCGUUGACCGGCUCUAUUGGAGUUGUGACUCUCAAUAUGCCCAACCUCGCUUACCGAUCGAAGGGUUCGAAAGAGACAUUUAUGUCUGAGCUGGCUGUCACGUUGAGAGUCGCAAAGGACUCUCUAGAGAUCAAGAGAAAACUCAUUGACGCCAACACCACUUUGUAUCCUUAUGCUGCGCAUUACUUAUCAGCAACAAAGCAUCGUUCAGGAUCUUACUGGACUAAUCACUUCAGCACAAUUGGAGUGAACGGUAUGCACGAAGCCUUGGUCGACCUUCUUGGAGAAGGUAUCGGCGAAAGAAAGGACUUUGCUCUUGAAGUUCUUGAAUUCGUCAAAGAUCAGCUACAGGAGUUCCAGAGGGAGACCGGCAACCUAUACAAUCUAGAGGCCAGUCCAGCAGAAAGUACAUGCUUCAAGUUCGCCAAACGGGACAAAGAGCUGUUCCCAGACCGCAACAUUCCAACUUACUAUACAAACUCCACCAUGUUACCAGUUGACACCACAGAAGAUCUCUUUGAGGCUAUGGGUCACCAAGAGGAGCUUCAAUGUUCUUAUACUGGUGGAACCGUUUUCCAUGCUUUCUUGGGUGAACAGCUACCGAACUGGAAACUUGCCCGAGAUUUGAUCAAGACACUAACUGAACGUUAUCGGAUUCCUUACAUCACGCUCACGCCGACAUUCAGUAUUUGCCCUGUGCAUGGGUACCGGGUGGGCGAACAACCAGAGUGUACAACAUGUGGCGAAUCGACGCUCGUAUACUCUCGCAUCGUGGGAUACUUUCGUCCUACACGUGAUUGGAACAGAGGCAAGUCGAAGGAGUUCGUACAACGCAAAGUGUACAAGUACGAAACCGGUCUUCUCUCAAUCAGCAACGCUAAAUUUGUUGAGCUUGAGGAUCAGGUCGCUGCAAUUCAGGAUCUGCCCGUGGCCGGAUAUAUCAAGAGCACUUUAAGUGACUACCCAGGCAAGACACAAGCGUCCAUCGUUUUCACCUCUCGUUGCAAUCUAGCAUGCCCCUGGUGUCACAAUGGUCCACUUGUGCAAGGCGAGUGCGACGACGUGACCUUACUUGAUGUCUUCAAACACAUCAACUCAACGUCGCACAAGUGCCUGGUCAUCUCAGGUGGUGAACCAACGAUACACAAAGGUCUAUUACCAUUUUUGAGGAUUCUAAAAAACGUGGGGAUCAGCGUCAAGCUUGAUUCUAACGGCACAUCGCCCGAUGUCCUCAAGCAGGUCUUUGCAGAGAAGCUUGUUGAUUUUGUUGCUAUGGACAUCAAGUGUGCUUUGGAGAACUAUAAGCGCGUCACGGGUAAAAAGAUUAGUCCAAAGCUUCUCGAGUCCAGCAUUGAACUUAUCAAGGCUAGCGGAGUGCCAUACGAGUUUCGUACCACGGUUGUACCAGAGCUUGUGGACGUGGAAGACCUUUUCGAGGCGAAGCGUUUGUCUGGGGAGACGUUGACGGUGCAGCGAUUUAGGAAUGGCGGUACUCUUUUAGAUAAGAGUUUUAGAAGUCUACGAGAGCAUACUGAUGAAGAGUUUGAUCACUUGGUUAGUCAGGUGGCAUAG